UUUAAAGUGUUGAUAUAUGUCUCAGUACCCUGGGUAUUUGUUGUUUGUUUUGUGUCCGUGAAGAGGAAAGUGCCGCUGAGUAACCGCGGGCUGCAUUAGCAUACAUUGAUGGGGAGCAGGCGAGGCGUUCAGUUAUAGGAUGGAUCCAGAAAGUGGGACCGAAUCACAAAAAGCAGUCAGUUUGCAGUGGAAAAGCUACAAACUCGUCCAGGACCCAGCCAUUCGGCGAGUUACACAGAAGGUUUACAGAUAUGACGGAGUGCAUUUCAGUGUUCCAGACUCUGGAUUUCCCCCUGUGGGAGAAAUCCGGGACCCUAGACCCCGGAGAUUAUGGUCCAGAUAUGCAGAGAUGUCCCUACCAGUGCCAAAGUUCAAGCUCGACGAGUUCUACGUGGGUCCCAUACCCCUCAAAGAGGUGACCUUUGCCAGGCUCAAUGACAACAUCAAGGAGCCUUUCUUGGCAGAAAUGUGUUCCAAGUUUGGCGAAGUGGAGGAGAUGGAGAUCCUGUUUCACCCGAAGACCAGGAAGCACUUGGGUCUGGCCAGGGUGUUGUUCACCAGCACAAGAGGAGCUAAGGACACAGUCAAGCAUUUGCACAACACCUCCGUCAUGGGAAACAUGAUUCACGCUCAGCUAGAUAUAAAAGGUCAACAAAGGCAGAAGUACUAUGACCUGAUAGUAAAUGGGUCCUACACUCCCCAGACGGUGCCGCUUGGAGGGAAGGCUUUGACAGACAGUGUUCAGUCUCAGACCCCAGCUCAACCACAGACGGACACGACGGAAAUCCGACGUCGGUUCUCCACCGAUCUCGCAGUUUUGGCAGCAGGAGUCCAAGCCCUCACCUCGGGAAGCAUGACCCCGUGUUCUGCUGAUACGGGCUUUGGGGAUCAGCGUAUCGACACGCCACCAUCUUCUCUACCCGGUCCCUACACCCCCGGCUCCUCCGCGUCAUCUCAGGGGGGCGGAGGAGGAACUCCCUACAGCUCCAGAUCUGGGACGCCCUUUUCACAAGACUCAGGCUACUCCAGCAGCAGGCAUCCUAACUACAACGCAGGCUCGCUGAGCAGCGGCUACCCUCCUCAGGACAUGUUGCCGUCUUCAUCCUCAUCUUCUGCUGUCUCAUCUGUCGGCGGCUACAAGGUUUCCCGUUACCCUGAGGACCAGGAGGCGUCGCUUUACCACCGCGGUCGUCCUUCCUACCCGCCAACCACACCAUACCGUCCCAAUGAGCCACCAGGCUAUCCCCCCUACCCCAGUCUUGGAGGACCCGGCUCACACAUGGCACAUCACUCCUCGAUGCCUCCCCCGCCCAUGUGCAACCAGUAUGACCAGCCUCCGCUGUCGGACAGGGAGAGGGACCGGGAAGCAGCGGGGAGGUACGGCGCUGGGGCGGUUGGCUCCAGGAGGUCGUCGUACCAUCACCAGCAAGACUCGAACUCUUCCUCGAAGUACCAUUCCCAUCACUCCCACCACCAUUCAGACCGCAGGGAGGACAGGGGCCACCGGCGGGACAGCCUGGGCUCUCGGACGGCUGACGCCGGCCACCAGAGACACCGCAACCACCACCACUCGCACAACCACCACGGCAGCCGCAGGAGAAGCAGCCACGACCGGGACCGAGACCGAGACGGCGACUACCCCAACAGCUCGGACCCCCGAUACAAUUCCAACUCGUACCGCUCCUCGUCUAACAGCUUGUCUCCGCCGCCGUCGUCCUACGCUGCGUACUCCUCCAAAGAUCCCGCGCCGACCCCUCCUCAGGGACCGGAGCCCGCCGCCCGCUCCGCCGGUACCGGUCCGGCCGAGAAAGGAUCCCUGCCAUCAGGCGGCGCCGAUAAGGACUACCAUGCCGAGCAUCACGGCGCGCUGCCUCCGCCUCCUCCUCCUCCUCCUCCACCGCUCCCGCCAGCCUCUGUUAUCGCGGCAGCUGUGGCUGAGACGCUCGGAUCGCUGGAUUUUAACCAGGACAGUCCUGCCCGCGAAGACCAGUGGACGAAACCCAAACGCCGUCCUUCCACGCCGCCCGCCCCGCCCAAGACGCCCCCACCUUCCUCUCCGUCCCAGCCCAACAUGGCGUCUUCCUCCAACUCUCCCUCCGCCGCCUCCCUCCCUCACCAUCUUUCCUCCGCGUCCGGCUCCCCGCCGCCCCCGCACCGGGACUCCUCCCCGGAGCCGGACUCCACCAACGAGAGCUUGCCGUUCGUCUACCACAGCAGCAGCCUGGACUCCCGGAUCGAGAUGCUCCUGAAGGAGCAGAAGGCCAAGUUUUCGUUCCUCGCGUCCGACGAGGAGGAGGAGGAAGACAGGAAAGAGGAGAGGCAGAGGGGUCGGGGUAAAGAGGGAGCGGAGCGGAGGAGCAAUUCCGCAAGGGAGCAAGAACACGGAGGGGACGGCGGAGAGAAGGAGCACAGGAAGAAGGGGGAGAGAGACAGAGAUGGCCACAGGGGUAGAAAACGGGGGAAAGGAGAAGGCAGGAAGAGUCCGACCGCACUCACGGCGGGAACGCAGCUCUCCUCCGCCCAUUCUCCCCACAUCUUACCUCCAGAGGAACCCCCGCCCCAGGUUAACAGCUCUGGGCCUGAAGCGCUGCAGCAGGAGGCUCCUCAGGCGGGCUCCGCCGAGGCAGGGGUCCGGACAGGAGCCCACACGCCUCCCUUUAACGGGCAAACUCAGGCAUCCCCUCACUCUUCCGGCGAAGACAUGGAGAUCUCUGACGACGACCAGGAGGCGACCACCAUAACAACGGUGACGGCUCAUCAGCCAGCGGCCACCUCAGGAUCAACCCCAUCCUCCUCACAAGCUGGACUUUCGCAGACGGCAGACCCCUCGUCCUCUCCGCCGCCCAUUUCUGAUUCGUCACAGCACUUCGGCGCUUCCAUGCACCCCCCCAUACCCUCCUACCCUCCCCAUUUACCGCCGCCUCCUCCGCCCGGCUACUCCCUUCAGCCGCCGCCUCCGCCGGGGAUCCCUCCUCUUCCUCACAUGGAGCUGCACCCCGAGUAUCCUCCUCCGAUUCCCCACCACAUGUACGAUUACGCCACCUCGAUGGAGCUGAUGAACCAGUACAGCGGUGGAACCCCCAUGUCCUUCCAAAUGCAAACCCACAUGUUAAGUCGCCUGCACCAAAUGCGCAUGUCUUCAUCCAAUGGCACGCCGGGCCCCGGCGAGGCUGCCACCGGAGACUACGCGUCCUACCAUCUUCACUCUAUGCCGCCGCCCCACGCGCACCACCCCUACAUGGACCAAGAGGGCAGUGGGGUAGGCGCUCAUUACGACCAAGACCACAGGUACAUGCCACCCCAUAUGUCCUAUCCCUAUCACGAACCGCACAGCGCGCAGAUAGCGAGCGCACCGCACCACAGCAUAGCCCAUCCCCACACCGGCUGGCCACCCCAUGUCAUACCUCCACACUUCCAGUCCUACAUGCCCCCGUCGGGCUACGGCACCAUGCUGGCCGGGGAGGGAGACGAGUACCCGGCUUCUGGGGAGGGGAUGCCCAUGUUGGCGGAGAAUCCACACGAAGCCACGGUUCAGAUGGUCCUGGCCUCUUUGAUCCAGGAAAUGAAGAACAUCAUGCAGAGGGACCUGAACCGCAAGAUGGUGGAGAAUGUAGCCUUUGCCACUUUCGAUGAGUGGUGGGACAGGAAGGAGACCAAGGCCAAGCCUUUCCAGACGAUGGUAAGGGGAGUGUCUGCCUUGCGGGACGAUGAGAAGAAGGAGGAGAAGGUCAGCCGUCCUCGGGAGCCUCUGAUGUCUCUUGUGGAUUGGGCGAAGAGCGGAGGCCUAGAGGGGUUUUCUCUUCGUGGAGCGUUACGAUUACCUUCCUUCAAGGUGAAAAGGAAAGAGCCUCAGGAGGGAGACCUGAAGAGGCCUCGGCCUUCAACUCCACCAGACGAAGACGACGAAGCUGCGGACGGCAGGAUGCCCGAAGCAGACCGGCACGCAGCCGACAGGGACAACAAGAGGAGGAAAAAGAAGCCGAGAAGUCGUAAACCCUGGGAGCUUGACAGCGAGGGAGAGGAAACGUCUGACGGCUCCUCGAGCGAAAAGGAGGAUGAAGAAGUGGAAAGUGACAAGGAAUCAGAUGACGACGGUCUCAGUAGUGACAGCGAUGACGAGAGCCUCUCUUCGUCCUCUGAAGGCUCUUCCUCCUCAGCAUCGUCCUCUUCAUCCUCUUCGGAGGACGACGAUGUGGAGGAAGGAGAACUGGCUGAAAGCGCAGAUCCAGACUCCAUGGACGAGUCGACGAUGGACAGCACAACCGAGAAAGAGGACGACAGGGAAAUUAUUGCAGCUGCUGUUCCAAGUUUGGACAUCAAAAAAGGUGUCACAAAGGAAAGCAAAGCGGAUAUAACGGCGGCGCCUUCGUCGCCCCCGCGCCCGUCGUCUCCGAACGCUUUCGUUCCCCCUCUCAAGAAGCGCAGGAAGACCGUCUCGUUCUCCACGGAUGAGAACGACAGCAGAGCUCCGCUGCCGGCUGCGUCUCCGUCGCCAACGCAAACGGCGAACGAGGCUCCGCCCACCCCCGACAAGCCGGCGGACUCUCCCGUCGCUCUCACGCCGCCGCCGCCGCCGCCUUCAACUCGCCCCAGUCACGGCAUCCAGCUUCUUCCCUUCGCCUCAAAGCCAGGCGAAGGCAACGCCCUCAUCGUCCCCCCGCCGAGCAGGACCCAAGACGCCGAGGAGUCCAAAAAGCCGGCGCUGGUUUCCCCUCAAGCCACGCCUGUCAAAUCCCCUGGCAAGCGAAUCGCAGGCAAAGACUCUCCCAGAUCUCCCGCCCCGCCGGUCAUGGUAUGUCGCACUGUGCAGAACCUGCCGCUGGACCACGCCUCGAUGUGUAGGAUGGCCUUCGAGGAGGCCCCUCCGCCGCCGGUCAACAAACGGUCCAGGGGCCGAACUCGGACCCCCAGCAUCUCUGCUUCCUCCUGUCACUCUGUCAGGGAGGACGACGAAGAGGAGGAGGAAGAGGACAACGAGCAGAGGCUGAGGAUCCGGGAGCAGGCGGGAGCAAGCCUCCUGCAGCUGUCCUCCGCCUCCACCGCCGACCUGAGUGUCUUGGCAGACGUAGCCCUGAAAAUGGACCCUGAAGCCGGGGACUCGGAGGAGACGGAGACGUCCGACGAGGCGGAGGAGCAGAAGAUGGAAGGGGAUCUCUUCUCCCCCGAAUCCCUGGCUCUGGUUAUGAGCCCAGGAGGCGUCGUCGUGCUUCUGGAGCACAACUACUGCAGGCCUCCUGUGCUCGCCGCACCGUCCAGCGCCAAAAAGACCGCCUCCAGGCAAGAUCCGUCUGUCCUGGUCUCACCAGACCUCAACUCUAUUUCUGGAGUGCUGGAGGCGCCGGAGGAGGUUAUCGGAGAGGCCGUACCGUCCAGGGUGGAUAAAGGAGAGUACCUGUCUCCAUUGGGAGAUCUCCGGGACUCUGACGACGACAGACGGGUGGCAGCUGUGGCGCCGUCGCCAAAGAGGAAGAGUCACGUCGGCAAAGGUUCAGAACUCGAGCAGGACAAGAGCGAGAAGAGGAAGCGAAGAGACAAAGAGAACCUCGAGCCCCACCGCGCCAAAAAGCAGAAGGAACAGCUCGGCAAGAAGCAGAGGAAGCGUAAACUAGAGGAAUCGGACUUUGAGGAAGACGUCGAUGUGGAGGAGCUGGAGUCUGGCGAGCUGUCCAGCUCUGACACGGACAACGAAGCGGUCGAAGAAGUCAGGAAGAGCGAGCGCCUCUUCCUGCAGGAGGCCGGGGUAACGCCGCAGCGCUGGGCCAAACCCAGACCGGCGCCGGAGCCGCUACCUGUAAAGUUCGAGAACCGCAGCGAGUUUGAGCAAAUGACAAUCCUUUAUGACAUCUGGAACUCCGGUCUGGACGGGGAAGACUUGAGCUUCCUGAAGAAGACUUAUGAGAAGUUGCUACAGGACGACCACAGUUCUGACUGGCUCAACGACACCCACUGGGUCAAUCACACUGUGACCAAUUUGCCGAACCCCCGUCGCAAAAAGAAGGCCGCCGACAGCCAGCUACGGGAGCAUCUGACCGGAUGUGCCAGGAGCGAGGGCUACUACGCCAUCAGCCGCAAGGAGAAGGACGUCUACCUGGACCUGGACCUGCCUGAGCAGGUCAUACGGGAAGUGGAAAACGUCGACAGCUCGGGAGCCAAUCGGCUGCUAUCAGAGAGGCGUUCGGAGCAGCGCCGCCUCCUCACCGUCAUCGGAACCACCGCCGUGAUGGACUCUGACCUACUUAAACUGAACCAGCUAAAGUUCCGGAAGAAGAAGCUGCGCUUUGGACGCAGCCGGAUCCACGAGUGGGGCCUGUUCGCCAUGGAGCCCAUCGCCGCCGACGAGAUGGUCAUAGAGUACGUCGGGCAAAACAUCCGACAGAUGGUGGCCGACAACCGAGAGAAGCGGUACGCUCAGCAGGGCAUCGGGAGCAGCUACCUGUUCAGAGUCGACCACGACACGAUAAUAGACGCCACCAAGUGCGGCAACCUGGCGCGGUUCAUCAACCACUGCUGCACCCCGAACUGCUACGCCAAGGUGAUCACCAUAGAGUCGCAGAAGAAGAUCGUGAUCUACUCCAAGCAGCCCAUCGCCGUCAACGAGGAGAUCACCUACGACUACAAAUUCCCCCUGGAGGAGAACAAGAUCCCGUGCCUGUGUGGGACGGAGAACUGCCGGGGGACGCUCAACUAGCGACAGCACUUCCCCCCCCCCCCCCCCCUCCGUCUUUGCAGCUGGAUUACUUCCCGCUCCUUUCACCCUGACACAAAGCCCUGUCAGCAGGCCCGCCUCCCUUCCUGGACGGCCUCGGCGGUCCCUUCAGUAAGGAGGAAACGGCGUCGCACACACUUGCACUUUUCACGCACACUCUUCGUUGUCGUUAAAGCCCCCCCCCCCCCUUUGGUUUGGGUUUGUGUGACUCGGCAUCGGCGGAGGUCCUCAUCCGCGGCUUCUCCUCGCCAGUAUUGUAGUUCUCCCUUGAAGGAGUCAUGAAAGUUUUUUUUUUUUUUUUUUCUAUUCCCGCGCCAGCAUCCGUUUGAUAGACAAUAAUAACCCCUCUAAAGUGUUAGAUCCUUUCUUUUUCAGCCGCCGUCUAGAUUCACCGCCACACAAACGCACAGGAAUGCCAGAUUAAUUCAGGGUUUUUAAAAAUCGCUCGUCGUCGGGCAAACUUUUUAGAAUGAAGAAACUUCUUUCAGGUAGGGGUUUUUCAGUUAUGCAAGAUUCCUGAGUUUGAUGGUUGGUUUGGAACUUGUUUUUUUUUUUUUUUUUCUCCUCCCCUGCAGCAUUCAUUGGAAUAAUCUCGCUGUGCUUAAAUAGUAUUGUUGUUUUGUUGCAUUUAUUGAAAGCGUCUUAAACCGAAAUGGCUUCCUCCUCCUCCCCCCCAAAAAAAUGGGUUUUUUGAUUCAACCAGUCCUGUGUCCCUUCUGUUCUGUGCAUUAACCAUCUGAUUUCAAACAGUCUUGUGUCGCCUAAAAGUGUUAAUAUCUCUCAUAGCAGCAAAACAAAUGUUUUUUUAUUUUUUAUUUGUGUCUUUUUCCAAUUCAACGAUGUGUGGAUACUGAUGUACCUGCUUUUAUCUGCGGCAUUCUUAUGCAUUCUGCAUUUCUUCUGUAUGACGGUCAUGCAGAUUCUUCCAAAAUGUUGCAAAUGGCUUAUAUGCAUAAAGCACCCUUUAGUUUAGCUAAACCAUAUAAACAAGUGCAAACAGUAGUUAUUUGCUGUCAGGGUUCCUGCGUAGUUAAAGAAAAUCCACCUUUCAGGUCUGAAUUAGUGCAUAAAAAAAAAGACAAUUCAAUGUAGAAAAUGUUAAAUUUUACAUCAAAUCUCUCUCAUCCAUAGUUUUCUAAAGGACAAAAAUCUGAAAAUGAUUCAUAUUAAAGCGACAUUCUUAAUUUAGCCACAUACAACCUUGAUUUUAACAUUUUACCCAUCAGUGUGAGCCAUUAAACCAUGCUUUAAACUUUAGACAACUUCUAGUUCAGGUUGAACGGGAGAGUUAAAGAAGUCUGGUUAAAAUGUCAAAACACUAAAAAUGAGUUUUUUACUAUUGGUAAAGUUUAUAUUUGUUGUAGGAUACUCCAAACCAUAUUCGGCUAAUCCAAUAGAUAGAUUUUUGAAUUUAUGAAUAGUUUGCACCCAAAUAUCCAAGAUUUUAUAUUAAAAAAAAUGCAUCUGAGUCCAUAAAAAUUUGGCAUAAGAAGGGAAAACUGUAGGAACCGUCAGCUCUAAGCCAGUUGUCGCCUUGCCUUUUAAAAGCACGUAUAUCAGUAAUAUGAGUGACAGGAUGAGUCUGUAACACAAAAAUGUCGGCCUUUUAUUUCAGACUCUCUGCUGAUUCUUUUCUCAGCUUGAAAAUAAGUCAAAAGGUUUCAAACUUGGUUUAUUGGUGAAAGGCAGAUGUUCUGUUGCUUAAUAAGUUCCGAUAUCUUCAAUAGAAAAACA